GUUUUCUGAAUCCAUCAGCUUUGACGCUCGAGCGAGGAGAGGGAAGGAAGGCUGCUCGCCGUCAAGGAUUCAUAGUACCAUCGGCUCACAAUGAUAUAGGUGAGGAAAUCUGUUGGUCGAACCAUGCAUGAUACGUGCUUGUGGAUCUGGGUCCAGGGCUUCUACACAACAGAUGGGAAAGAAGAGGAAAGAGGGAUUCUACGAUACCACCAAAGACUGGAGAAACGUAAGCACGGCACACACAAUUCACAUACCAAUGAUGCUCGCUCGAGCCUCUUGUCUGUCUGUCUGCUGUGUGUGUGUGUGUGUGUGUUUGAAGCCGUACAUCGAUUAUCUGCCGGGUCAGCGGCUGCCCAAAAGGCUGCGAUGGAUCUGGCCGCUCAUCACCAUUUCCGUGAGUCAACUCCCUCACGCACAGACGACGCUCACAAGAAUGCGCUGUGUGUGUGUGUGUGUGUGUGUGUCAUGGGUAUCAGUUACCCCCCACCAUCCUCCUCCUCGGUCCGGCCUUCGUCCAGGCAGGGUUCCAGGUAUGCACACCAACACAGACGCACCACAGACACAGACACACACAUCGCUGGCUGUUCCUUCGCCGUGGUCGUCAUGCAGAGCCGUGCUGAACGGAGAAAGGAGAUCCGGCUGAUGAGGGAGGAGCUCGAGAGAGAGGGUUUGAGUGCCGAGCAGCGGGAGGGGGAUGCAGGCAUCAAGUCGGGAGUGUCCUUGCACAUCAACACCUUCAUCAGAUGACUGGCUGACCAGCUGGGAGGGAGGGAGUGAAACGUGGGCCGGUCUGUCUGAGCAUUGACUUGAUGCUCGUAUGUAUUGUGCAUUUGUUGGUCGGACUAUGCACAGGCAGGGCACCAAGAGAGCAAGAUCGCUCAGAUGCUCUAUGCUCUGCGGCCUCAAGAAAGAAGAGAUUGUGGGGCAUUGAAUGCGACUGGUAUUGAUGCAUAGGGGGUCGGUCUCUCACGAUUUCUCACGUGCAAGGCAAACGCAACGCGGGUUGGGAAAUACCCUUGGUU